CACAUUAUUUUGUUCUAAUAGUAUAAGCAAAAAACAUAACAUAAGAAAUCACGAAAGAUUUAAAAUGAGCGGAGCUCAUAGAGAAACAGUUCAAAAGCAAAUUCACCAGGAUUGGGCAAAUCGAGAGUAUAUUGAAGUUAUUACAGCAAGCAUAAAGCGGAUCACGGACUUUUUGAAUUCGUUUGAUAUGUCCUGUCGAUCCAGACUUGCGGUACUCAAUGAAAAACUUACGAUAUUAGAACGCCGUAUAGACUACUUGGAAGCUUGCGUAACCCAAGGAGAAACAUUAACAUAGAUGUUUCAUCCAUAUGCUAAUAUUUAAAUUAGUAGUAAGGUUUGGCUUUUUUAUUCAUAAAAUACAUUAAUAAAUACAG